AUGAAAAGGUCGGGCGCGUCGCGAUCUCAGGCGCGAGACGACUCCGGGCAUUAUGACGCUGACCAGCUUAUCCGGACCAAGCAAAUCGUGUUCAACCUGGACCUGAAACGAGGCAUUGUGGCAAUGCAUGUAAGCGCUCUGUUGAAACAAGAUGACGGCCUUAGAUCCUGGUCUUCCCGCAACGAGCGAAUCGUGAUGGCCGUGAAGCGCCCUGACUUGGUUGGGUGGCGGGCCCGCUGA